UACGUUUAUUUAGUUUUUAAAACAUGUCACUUGGCAAUGCCGAUCCCUGGCACUUAAAAGACACUGUAGUUGAACAAGGAAUCCCCGUGUCAGCGAAUAAUAGCGAAAGUUUUGAGGACAACUUCACGCCCCCGCCCUCUGGAAACGAGAGCAACGUCCAAAAGGACGGGCAAAUCGAGCCCCUGCCGGAUUCCAGCGACUAUUUAAAGCUACUAGAGCGGAAGCUGGCCAGGGUGCAAAAGGGCAACAAGUUGUUGGACAACCUCCGAGACAAGCGGCAGGAUUGCAUGCGCGGAUUGCUGUCUUCGGAGGGAGUGCCCAUUUCCAUAUUCGAGCAGUUCCUCGAGCUAGACGCGCCCAUCGAAAGCGGUCGCCUCCAUCGGCAUCUGCUGCCCGUUCAGGCCGUAAACGUGGGCGAAACUUUCCACAUCGUGGAGCACGACGCUCUGCAGCAGUCGGCAGAGGAAGCACAGGUGGAGGAGGAGGAUCAGCCGCCGACUAAACAAUAACAAAAUCACAAUGGAUUCC